UCUCUCUCUCUCUCUCUCUCUCUCUCUCUCUCUCUGUCUCUCUCUCUCCAAGAACGUCACUCACACCACCACUACCCUCCCUCCACUUCUGUCUCCCAUCUCCCCCAUUCUUUCUCUCUCUUUCUGUGUCAAAUUGUAGAGAGAGAAAAAGAAUCAAAUCCCUGUAUCCACCUUCACCACCACCACAACUCCCUUUUUCUUCUUCAUUACACAAAAACAAAAAUAAAAUUCCCAUUUUUUUUUGUUCUUUCUAAUUCCCUUAAUCUAAUCUUAAACAACAAAGACCCAUUAGCUAAACUCAUAAUCCGCAUCCAAAAAUCUCGCCUUUCCUCAAAAUCAGUGAACCCCAUAACGGAAACACACUCAAAAACCAAACCAAGAAAAAGAAAAUGAGGGAAGAAGAUUCAAACUGGUUUGCCAGAUGGGAAGACGAACUACCUCCGCCGGAGGAACUCAUGCCCUUAUCGCAAACCCUAAUCACACCCGAUCUUGCCAUCGCCUUUGACAUCCCCAGUCCUCACACCCCAACCGCCGCCGCCACGGCCACCCCAACCACCCCGAACCACCACCUCCACCACCACCAACAACCACAGCAACCGCAACCACCUUCAAACCCUUCCCCCUCGCAUCAGCAACAACCCUCCUCCGGCGGCGACUUUGCCGACUCCGGCGAUCUUGGCUCCGGCGCCGCCGGUGAGGAGCCAGCCAGAACCCUCAAGAGGCCCCGCCUCGUUUGGACCCCACAGCUCCACAAGCGCUUCGUGGACGCCGUCGCACACCUCGGAAUCAAGAACGCGGUUCCGAAGACCAUAAUGCAGCUCAUGAGCGUUGACGGCUUAACCCGCGAGAACGUCGCCAGCCACCUCCAGAAGUACCGCCUCUACCUCAAGCGCAUGCAGGGACUCUCCGCCGCCGGACCCGGCGGCGGCGGAGCGGCGGGAGGCCUAAUUCAGAGCAUUUCCUGCCGUUCGUGUCGGUACCGGCAAUGCACCACCAGCAACACCACCACCAGAUGGCUGCCGCAGCUGCCGGUGCUGCAGCGAUGCAGCACGUCCAGCUGCAGCAGCAGUUCCAUAGGCAGGCAUCCGGGCAUUUUGGGUCGCCGCCGAACGGGCACUUUGAGCAUGCUUUCAUGUCAAGGCAGCAGCCGCCGCCGCAGAAUCAGCAGCAGCAGUUCAAUAGAAUGGGUGGAGGUGUGGCUGGAUAUGCAGAGGAUAUGGAAUCUGCUAAUGCAUCUGGUGCAAGGAAGGUUCUUACUCUUUUUCCAACUGGAGAUGAUUGAAUUUACCAUUUGAAAUUUGGUUGUUAUGUUCUCUCUAUAACAUAAUUAUUAUAUAUAGUACUCAACUUAGUUAUUGGUGGUGUAGUUUCGCGUUUGGUAUGUUUGGGGUGUUAAGCAAGGAGGUGUUAGUUGUUAAUUAGUGUUAAGGUGGGGUUAAUUUGUGUCUUGGAGUUACUAAUUGGCAUUUUCUUCGGAUCUAGAAGCAUGAGUAGUGAUUGUGGGUUCCAAUAUGGUGUUGUUCCUGUGACAGUUCUGUAAUUAGUACCUUGCUUGUUGGUAGCAUUCCAUAUGUUCUGUGUCGGCUCCUGGUGACUGAAGUUCAUGGUGAUGUCACUUUUGGGGCUGCGACAAUGUCUAUAUAGCUCCGUGUUUGAAUCACUUAGUCCUCUAUGUUGAUUCAUCCCAUCAUUAGUUUUAUGGGAAUUGGCUGCAGCUCUGUAUAAACCACAUUGUUACUUCUUGGGAAGUUUUCUAUUGGCAUUCAUGGCAGGAGUGAGCGAAUUGCGGCGAGUUCAGUACUUAUGGCCUGCAGUUGGCAAUAAACUUGCGAGUUGGAAGCGUAUCUAUUGGUGCAUUUGGUUGUGAAUUCUUCAACUGAAUCUGGGAGCCUCUAAUGCGGAAGACUUGUCUUCUUGCUUGUCAAGUUAUGUGUCCUUUAGAGGUGAGUUGUACAUUGUUUGAUUCUAUAUAGAAGACUUUAAUGCCUGAUGCAAGGCGAUCUUUUAAAAUUCUAAUCUUACUCUGUGGCGUUAAAUUCUAUAUGCCAGAUGAACUCAAGUAAAACUAGUUUCUUUGAGUUUGUAGGUUUACUCUGCUUAAAUGAAAACAAUAAGUUCAUGUUUUUACUUA